GGUUACCAGAAUCCAAAUGGCUCUCUGGAGUAGGCGAUUGGGUUUAUCCUUAACCCAUCUAAGCAGCGCAGUGAUCCAGCGACACUUCAGUAUCACUGGAGCAUGCCGAGCAAUACAGAAACUCACCCGCGUGCGAGUGGUGGACAACAGUGCCUUGGGGAACACGCCGUACCACCGGCCACCAAAAUGUAUUCACGUCUAUAACAAGACCGGAGUUGGCAAAGUAGGAGAUAAAAUCCUUCUGGCGAUCAAAGGAGAGAAGAAAAAGGCUUUGAUUGUAGGGCACAAGAUGCCUGGCCCCACCAUGACACCCAGAUUUGAUUCCAACAAUGUGGUACUCAUAGAUGACAAUGGAAAUCCAUUAGGGACUAGAAUAAAAACACCAAUACCCUAUAUCCUGCGACAGAGAGAAGGAGAGUUCUCCAAAAUAUUGGCCAUUGCCUGCAACUUUGUAUGAAGGCUAAGAAAGGUUUUGGGCAGUCCUGCUUAUAUCCUUUCACGCAGUAGCUGUUCCUUGGUCCUUUUCGAGGAAAUGAUGAAAUGUGAAAAAGUUGAGGUUCAUCAAGAGUGCCUCUUCCUGUUCAAGAGUUACAAACAACUAGUUUAAAUA